AUGGCCCAAACCCAUUCCCGCUCCUCACCUCCUGAAAAAUCUGAAGAGGAGCUGUGGAGCUUCCUGCCUGGGGGAAGGGACGCAGGAGAUAAAAGGGAUGCCGAGGAUUUGCGGGCAGCCGCGGUGCUCCCAGGACCUUCAGAUCCCCGCGCUUGCCCACGCCCGAGGAAGCUGCUCUGCGCCGCGAUGAGCCGCCUGCCCGGCCCUGCGGGCUCGCCCUGCGCGCUGCUCGCGCUGCUGCUGCUGCUGCUGCUGGCGCCGUCCGGGUCCCCGGCCAGCGCUCAACCCGUCGCGGCCGUGCAGAGAGAGCUGCGCUGCGUCUGUUUAACCACCACCCCGGGCGUUCACCCCAAAAUGAUCACCAAUCUGCAGGUGAUCGCCGCAGGCCCGCAGUGCCCCAGGGUGGAAAUCAUAGCCACCUUGAAAAACGUGAAGGAUGCGGUAUGUCUGGACCCGCAAGCCCCUCUGAUCAAGAAGGUGGUCAAGAAGAUUUUGGAGAGCAAUAGCAAGAAAAACAAGAGAAAGAAGGACCGGGCAUUGGGAAAACUGCCCUCUUCUGAACCUGUUUCCGUCAGAACCCAGUGAAGAUAAGAGCAAAGGCUGAUUUUCUCCCAGGAGUUAAGGAUCCUCCUGAAUUCUGCACUUCAAAACUGGGGUGGACAGCUAGCCCUACUCUGGCUCCUGCUGCCCACUGCUCAGCUUUUUAAUAAUUAGCAUAGUAUUUCUUGCUGUUUGUUGCCUGUGACUUUUAUCUGCUAUACUUGAAGACUUUUUGUCUGAAAUGUGAGUCUAGUAUCACCCAUUUGUUAAAAAUUUUUCAAAGUGACUUUUAUAUCUAGAACAUAUUCCUUACCUAGAAAGCUGUGUGUUGAAAUGUGUAUGAUACUUUUUUAGAAUACUAUAUAUUGAAAUAGACUAUUACCUCCAAAUCACGAAAUAGGAAAAAUUAAUAUUGCUUCUUUGAGAAUGUGUUAUAGAAUGUCCUUGCAGCUGACUCUAAUACAAUAUUUUAAGUUAGGCUGCAUUGGAAAUCUGGGUAUAUUGUACUAUUACCUGUGUGGAAUAUAUUUCCCUAGUUAGAAUUUGAAAACUUCAAGUUCUAUAAGGACGAGUAUAUUCUUUUUCUAUAACUUUAGAUAUUUGAUGUCUCUAAGUAUGGCAUAAUGUCAU